AUUUAAUAAGUGGCAAGGUGGACAUAAAAUACAGAAAAAACAAAUGUCAAAUAAGAGUGUAACUUACAUAUUUUUACACUAAGAUUUAAAAAAGAAUUUCGAGAGUGUUUUGGGUCCGAGAUUAAUGUGUGACUGUGACUGAAUGAGACGUUCUGAUUGGUCGUAAAAUUCAAAAUGUGUGCAGCCCAGUAGAAACGCCACUACAAGCUUGUUAUGACGUUUCUCCAUUGAAUUGUAGCCUCAUAAAUUUAGUAUUUUUGUUCAAAACUUGUGAUAUUUUAUAAACACAUGGCUUCUGGCGCGAUGUCCAACAACGUCGAGAACCUCUCCCCUCAAAUCAUCAGGGGGGUUGUUCGUGAGAUGCAGGAACUAGUCACGACACCACCAGAAGGCAUUAAAGUUCAAAUUAACGAGGAGGAUGUCACCGAUAUUCAGGCUUUUAUCGAAGGACCCGCAGGAACACCUUACAUGGGUGGGGUUUUCAAAGUGAAGCUCACCUUGGGCAAAGGUUUCCCACAGGAGCCACCCAAGGCUUUCUUUCUGACCAAAAUAUUUCACCCCAAUGUGGCGCUAAAUGGAGAGAUAUGCGUCAACACGUUAAAGAAGGAUUGGAAAUCAGAUCUCGGAAUCAAACAUAUACUAUUAACAAUAAAGUGUCUUCUUAUUGUACCAAAUGCUGAGUCUGCACUGAAUGAAGAGGCUGGCAAGCUGUUAUUAGAACAUUAUGAUGACUAUUCCACAAGAGCAAAAAUGAUGACUGAAAUACAUGCACAGCCCCAUAAAAUUUGUAAAGGAGUGAUAGACGGCCCUCUUGCCAAAAAACACGCCGGCGACAAAAAUAAAAAUAUAUCUGCAGAGAAGAAGAAAAUACUGAAGGAUAAAAAGAGAACUUUAAAACGAUUAUGAAAACAUUUUUACAAACUUUUUUAUUUUUUUAAACAAUUUAUAAUUUCAAUAAAUGUUCUUAUUUUUA